CGUCGAGGGAAAUUGCGUGCUGACGCGCAGCGUGCUUUUCUGCGGAAGGAUGAGAUUACAUGUGCGCUUUCAGCCUAGCGCAGCCUAUGAUAGCAAGAUUUUGUGUACGAUUUGCGAAUGCUACGCGCAUUGAUAGACUAGUUUCAAAAAUUAUGUGCGACCUCCUCUCUGGAAACCGUGCGGCACGACGGUCUUUCGUACUUCUGUGCUGGUGGACACUGUACUUCCGAUUGAGCCACACCAUCGUGAACUUAGAUGAGGAGGACAGUGGAGAAGCCGACGGACGUCCUACAAGGCAGGGCUUAGAUCACGAUGAGCCUUCCAUCUUUCUCGAGAGGCCUUGUGAAGAAGACCCGGUUUCGCAAAGUCCGAGCCUGAAGCCGAUUAUCCGCAGUACGAAUGAAGACGUCGACGACACAGUCGCAGUUGCAGCGCCAGCAGCUCGGCCGGAGAUAAAUUCCGAAAGACCAGAAUCGGACCUACAGCACCCGAGCAACUUCGACUUCGUGCCAAAUGGCGAGCAAAUAAGGCGGGCUGUUCGGAGAAGAACAGUAGAACAGCGACCACUAGUGCCUGAAGUCGAGGUCGAAGAAAGUAGUGCAUUCAUCGAAAAGAGCAGCAGGGGUGGCGGAGGAGAGGCAGAACGUAGCGGCACUGCAGAUGUGCAAAUCAGACCGUCAGUGAGAAUAGGAGAACACGACGAUAAGCUACCUGGUAAGACUCGCCCAGAUGAAGCAGAUAAAUCGUCUCGUCAACAGAAGUUUGUGCAGCAGAAAAACACGCAGGAUUCCACUACUGACAUCGAUUCCAUAACAAACAAGGUGCUGGAGAUGGCGCAACGAGGCAGCGGAGAAGGAAUGCCAUCAGAAGCCCCAGCAGCAUCUUCAUCGGCGGAACUACCUCCCCUCAACACCGCGGAUGCUUUUGACUCUAACAUGGACGAAACGCCGACAAGCUCGUCUUCUGCAGGUCCAGACAGUCUGAAAAAUUCUCCUAACUCCCAAUCACCAGAGCAUCCAGCGAAUUCCGAUAGUUUUAGUUCAGAGGCAGCAACGAGUAGGACUACAAAGUCAAGCGGCACAAGCAGCGACGAUUUUUUCACCGACUCUAGCUCGACCAACGCUCCUGACAAAUACGGGCCGCCGCCCUCAGCAGUAACCACUGCGGUGGAACAAAGUUCAUCGCCAGAAGAUGAAGACGAGAAGUGGAGGCACUUUGAGGAAGUCACGAAAUUCCUGAUGCACGACGAAGAGACCGACCAAGAGCGCAAGAAAAGACUGAAGGAUUUGCAGGCCAGUGUCGACGACUACGCGAAAAAGCUCCAUGCGCGACACGCUCACGAGGACGCAGCGAAGAAGAGAAAACAGAGUAGCAGUUCCAGUAGUAGCUCGUCUGCCAUACAGAAGGGAAAAGAACAGCGUCAUGCGGUACCCUCAUCAUCCGCAAGACACGGCGCGUCGAACAGUAGAAAGAACCCCUCAUCCACUAUCCAGCUCAAGGGCGAAUUCCAGCCAAAAGUCACAGCCAAGGACUUGAAGAACGACUGGGCCGGUGUGAAAGAUGGAAUGAACAAGUGGCAGGACACGUUGAAAUCUGUUUCCGCGGAUGACGCGAAAGUGUACAAUGCGGCAAAGAAUGUCGUGGAAAAUCUACAGGAAGCCAAGUCGCAUGUGGCAGAUCUGUUGCUUUACGAGCAGGCGCCGGACAAGGACGAGGACGUAACAAAAGUCGGCGCGGAGGAUGACGGGAGUAGCUGAAGAGGUGACAUUUUUACCCGCGAGAUAAUGUUUCAAAAACAAGGUUUCUUGCUCUGAAAGAACAAGAAGCGACCAAUGAAUAACAAACGACUGGAGACGAGUUGAAUUGCUGUAAAAUUUUUGAGAAUUUUGAU